GGAAGCAGAGCAGGCGACAUUCUCCGAUAGAUUAUGGCGAUGGAACAUUUAUGGCCCGAAAUGCCGAUCGUACUGGAGAGGAAAGAAAGGACAUGGAAGAACAUUGAUUGUAAUUCCUCACCGCACGGAUGGAGCCUGCACCUUCCGGCCAUCCCACGGUAGCACUUUCGUCCACAUCGGUUCGUGUGGAGGGUGUGAAGCUUGCAAGAGACCAUGAUCCCGAUCCGAAUUUGGCUUCUCGAGCUGUUCUUGCGGCCGCCAGCAUCGGCCUGUCAGAGCUCUUUCAGGACCUCACGCGGAAUCUUUAGCGAGCGCUUUACUUGCGGAUAUGUGAAAUUGUAACUUCGUCAGUUCUCAGCUCUCGGAUUGAUUUGAAAGGUGGACGAUUUGGUCUCACUCGAUCAGCCAUGGGGUGGUGGGGCGGCCGAGGUUCCAGUGGGUUUGGAGGCAGGUCUACCUCUGACGAAGUGACGGAAGGAAUCGAUGCAUCAGGACUCACGGCUAUCGUUACCGGUGGAUUUAGUGGCAUUGGAGAGGAUACAGCUCGUGUCCUAGCACUGAGAGGGGCAUAUGUCGUUAUAGCUGGUCGUAACCUAGAGAAUGGCCGAAAGACAAAGGAUGAAAUACUGAAGAAAUUUCCAGGUGCCAAGGUGGAGAUAAUGGAGCUAGACCUGAGCUCUUUGACUUCGGUACGAAGAUUUGCCAACGAAUUUUUGGCAAAAAAUGUUCCUUUGAACAUUCUGAUAAACAAUGCAGGGAUUAUGCUUUGUCCUUACCAGUUGUCAGUCGAUGGAGUUGAAAUGCACUUUGCCACAAAUCAUCUGGGCCACUUUCUGUUGACCAACCUUUUACUGGACAAGAUGAAGGAGACAGCUAAAGUAACGGGAACCGAAGGCAGGAUAAUAAAUGUUUCUUCAAUGGCUUACAUGAUGACGUACAGAGGUGGUAUUCAGCUUGAGAGAUUGAACGAGAAAUCUGGAUAUAUGUCUUUUCUCGCAUAUGGGCAGUCGAAGCUUGCAAACAUUCUCCAUGCUAAUGAGCUCACAAAGCGAUUAAGUGAAGAAGGAGCUAAUGUGACGGCGAACUCCCUUCACCCAGGAGAAAUCAAGACGGGUCUCCCUAGGUACUCCAGACUCGUUCAAGCCAUAAUGCCGUUUUAUAGCCCCUUCAUGAAGUCAAUACCUCAGGGUGCAGCAACGACAUGUUAUCUGGCCUUACAUCCCAGUUUGAAAGGAGUUAGUGGUGAGUAUUUUCAUAACUGCAAUGUUUAUGGGAAAGGCGGUUAUGCUAAAAGUGAAGAGCUCGCAAAAAAGCUGUGGGAUGUAAGUGUCCAAAUGUCAUCCAAGUGAGAAGAAGCUUCAUCAAAUUGUCGUAAGGUGGACGUGUUUCACAGCGGUGGUAUACCACUUUGACCAGACUAAAUUGUAGCACAAACAAAGAGAACACAAAGUUUAGUAUACUACUUUAAAGUUUAUAACCGAAUUUCUGCCUCCCCGGGCCUAGGUUCGACAUAGAUCAGACAGAACUUUAGUCGAGCUGGAUAUUACCUCGGAAAGUUGUUGUGGCUGACCUCUUUCUCAUCAAGAAGAUUAGGGCGGUAGUUUUAGGUCCAGUACAACUCGGCCCACUAUGUCAACAAUGUAAUUGCUAAUGGUUACACGGCCCACCCACAAAUGUAUGUGAUCAUAUGUUGUAUCUCAAUCCA